GUGAGGAGGUCUGUGACUCCGAGGCGCCUAUAAAUGGGCAGCUACACGUUUCUGCACAAACAACUUUUCCCUGGAGUUUUUCGAGAAGAGGACUUGUGGCUCGUGACGUCAGCUGCGGGUUUGUUUUUUUCGCAUUUGAGUUUGGCGCAUUACUUUUUUUCCCCCACAGCGCAAAUCUAAAGACCCACGUCAAAAUGAGCCACGUCGACGUGAAGAACAUAAAACCAACCACUUUUGAAGAGGAGUACUUUGACGAGUACGAAUACUACAACCUCUCCGACAAAUAUGCGGAGGGUUCGGCUCGGAAAGGCAGGACCAAAAAGGAGGCGAGCGACAACACGAACCGCCCGAACCCCGGAGGCCAUGAGCGCAAGAUCGUGGACAAACUGAUGAACAGCGAGAAGAAGGCCAAAGAGUAACCCGAGAGCGAGUCGGACGGCUUUUCUGGAAUUGAUCUUGGUCUCCUUGGUGACUCGUGAUGUGGGAGCACGCCGGUCUCUGAUUGGAUGACACCCGAGCAUCCACAGGCUCCUCCCAAUGGGCCUUGAGCUCCGCCCUCACCUGAGCUCUCACCUGGUCGUCACAGCGACAGGGGCACGGAGCGGGGCCUGUUCUGUUUUGAGGAAGUUUUACACGUUUUU